AUCUGUAAACCGUGAUACUGGAGAGCGUUCUUUUUUGGCUACCUAUAACUAAUAACUCUGUUCUCAAGUUGCAAUAUUUUUUGAUGAUUCUUCCAGAAUACGUAAACUUGUGUGAAUUCAAUAUGUAAAUCCUUGCUAGGUACCUAUUUUGGGGUUCGUUCAUCAUUGCUAUGUUGAAUUUUGAGUGUUGCAAAACAUUUUACAAAAAUGGUGUCCAGCAGUACACGCGUGAUUCAAGUCACCAACAUUGCCCCGCAGGCAACCAAGGAUCAGAUGCAAACACUGUUUGGUUAUUUGGGUAAGAUCGACGACAUCCGACUCUAUCCAACAAUUAGAGAUGUUUCGUGUCCAGUUACUUCAAGAAUAUGCUAUGUCAAGUAUUACGACGCGGCAACGGUUAACGUUGCUCAACAUAUGACGAAUACGGUUUUUAUCGAUCGAGCUCUUAUUGUAAUUCCAAUGAAAUCUGGUGAAAUACCUGAUGAAUAUAAGGCUUUAGAGAUGUCCAGCAAUGGAACACUCGUGCCAGGGUUGAACGCGGCCGAGCCUCGUCUUCCAGCGCACAUUUUAAAUACAUUAGAAGGUGUACCUCCUAGUCAAGUCAUCCAAAGUUAUGACCCUAAAAUGGCAGCAGCUGGCUUGCCACAAUAUCCACCACUUCCUGCAACAUACGAUGCUAGAAAGAUUGAGGAAAUACGAAGAACACUAUUAAUUUCUGAUGUUGGAUCCUUGACCCAUCAACAACUGAUUGAUUACUUCUGCCAGGCUGGUGAGGUUAAUUACUUAAGAUUCUGUGAACGGGAAGCUGAUCCGUGUAAAUAUGCUCUAAUAGAAAUGACAGAACAGGAAAGUCUAAUCAAGGCUUUGCAAUUUAAUGGGACUGCUAUAGAUGGUCAAAUUAUUAAGGUUCAGCAUGCAACACAAAGUAUAAUAAAACCUCAAGCUAAGAGCAAUGAAGCUGCUCAGCGUGAGAUAGAGGAAGCUAUGUGUCGUGUAAAAGAAGCGCAGAACUUUAUCUCGGCUGCCAUAGAUCCUGUAAUAGGCAUGCUAUCAAAAGAUAAGAGGAGGACUAGAUCGCGAUCCCGCUCUCGACGCCGGUCUCGCUCCCGGUCGCGCCACUCCCGGUCACGACACCACGGCAAGCGGUCUCGUUCACGCUCCAGACACCGAUCAAGGCGAUCACGUUCGAGACACAGGCACCGCUCCAGAUCGCGGUCCCGACACCAGAGCACCAGACGUUCACGAUCGCGAUCACGUCAUCGCAGUUCACGCUCGAAGCGUGAUCGGUCACGUGACCGUGAUCGUAAAGAUAAGAAAGAUUCAGAAAAGAAAAAAGAAGAACGUGAGAAAUCGAAGUCUCCAUCUAAAGAAGAGAAACCGCAAGAAACGAAGGCGGAAACAGCACCGGCAGAGACCAACGGCAACAGCUCUGAAACGAAAUCUAAAGCGUCAACGCCAGUAGAUGAUAAAGAGAAAACAGAUGAGAAAGUUGAUAAGGAGGUGAAAGAAAAAUCGCCUGUAAAGAAGAAGGAACGGUCGCGAUCUAGAGACAAAAAACGGGAUAGAUCUCGUUCCAAGCGUAGAUCUAGAUCUAAGUCUAGGCGGAAGCGUUCAAGGUCACGUAGGAGAUCUCGUUCAAGAGAAAGGAAGAAAUCGCGAUCCAAAGAACGGAAACGGUCUAGGUCUCGAGAUAAAAAACGAUCGAAAUCGAGGGAUAGAAAAAGGUCGCGGUCAAGGGACAGGAAACGGUCACGCUCCAGGGAAAGAAAACGCACUCGUUCGAGAGAUCGUAAGCGUAGUCGCUCUAGGAGCCGUCGAUCCAAGAGUCGUUCUACAAGAGACUCAAAAACAUCUCAUGAAAAGAAACGGGAUCUAACACCCACUUUAUCUACUGUAAUUGAGGAAAAGAAUGUGUCUACAAUUGAAAGCAGAUCACCUGAUCUAGGUGACAAAAAUUCACCUGACAACAUGGAUAUUUCUAAUUCACCAUAGGCUUGGCGUAGUUGUAAGUUUUACAAUAUUGUGUUUUAUAUUGUGGUAAUAAAAUCUAUUGUAAAGUAGAACAUAAUAAAUUCGAUUCAUAACA